AUGAGUUCAGAAGAUACAUCCAAUAAUGAUCAAGACAAUCAAUCAACACCAAAUAGACCAAUUCCCGGGGCUCGUCAAGAAAUGUUAAAUAAUAUAACUGCUGCGUCGCCUCCGAGGUUCUUGUCAUUACCUGAAAUUAUGGUAGCUGCUAAACAAUUGGAAGAUAUUGCUCUUGUUCAUGAGAUAGCGGUCAAUGAAAAUUUCAAGUUGGAGCCUCAAGAACAUCCAAACAACAGUUUAAUGAAACAAGUCAAAGACACGAUGCAUAAAGCAUUUUGGGAGUUGUUACGUGAACAAUUAAACAAUGAUCCUCCUGUAUACUCUCAAGCUAUGGUACUUUUAUCAGAAAUUCAAACAAGCUUAUCAAGUUUGUUGUUAGACCAACAUACAAAAUUGAAAGAAGAUAUUGCUCAAGUUUUAGAUGUAGAGGCUAUACAAAAUCAGAUAGACAAUGACUCUUUGGAUUUUGAAUAUUAUACCAAGUUUAUACUGAAUUUGAUGUCAAAAAUAUGUGCUCCAGUAAGAGAUGAUUCGAUACGCGCUCUAACUCUAUUAAAUGAUCCUGUUGAUAUAUUUAAAGGAAUAACAGAGACUUUGAGCUUGAUGAAACUUGACAUGGCAAAUUUCACUAUAACUGCACAACGACGAGCAUUAAAUGCCUGUAGUGCUGGUUAUGAACGAGAUAAAUUUGCAGAGUAUUUAAAAGUUCAACCAGAUGCAUUAAACUUGACUGCCGAAUGGUUAAAACGCCACGUUAAUUUUGAAAAGACUGCUGAACCUUAUCAUGAUAUAGUCGCAAGAGCUUAUAUGGAAAUAUUUGAUUGGAAUGAAAAUGUUAUAUUCCCAGAGGCUUUAUCAUUGGACAAAGAUCGAUAUUUGGCAACAAAUAAAAUGCUAAAUCUUUUGAUACUCGCAGCAUCUACUUUUAUUGUGACAAUAUCAACAACUAAUUCCGUUAUUCCCAGAGACAUGAAUUUCAAAAAUGAGUUAAAAGAGUGUAUUUUAUGCCUCAUUAAACUAAAUGAUUUCAACAUAUUUUGCAUACCAGAUAUUGUUAAACAAAUAGUUCUUCACAUUAAUAAGUAUAUGUGUAAUCUAAAUCCAGAUGGACGCCCUGUUUCAAAAGAUAUGGCCAAAACACUUGAAACUCAAGUUUUGUCAAUCCAAAACCCUGACGAUAAAAUAAGAGCUCUAGUUGAGAAGCGUUUCAAAGAGUUUAUUGCUGCAGUCAUCAGUUCUGACAACGCAGUUCCCCAGCAAUGCCCACUUGGCUUGUCUGCAUUCAAGGAUGAAUUAGCAGCCGUCACCGGCAGUUUUUUGCAUCUUAUCACAUAUAACAGAAAAGUAUUUACCACUUUCUAUGAUGAAAUAUUAAAAAAUCUUCUGAAUCAAUGUGAUUUGCCUUGA